AAGGUGAAAAACCUUCGCACAGACCCAAAUUUAUUCAUGGAAGGGUAUCGCGUCUCCAAGUCCGGUCCUGUCGACUCUCGCUCAAAUUACCACUUCCUGCUGGUUUCUAUAGUUACGACGCCGCGCCGGUUCGGUUGCAUAUGUCGAGGUGCAUCUUCAGGCGAACAUUUCACACCAGAAAUAGCAUUGUAACAUCAUUAAAUCCGGUCACCUUUGGAUGGAAGUUAAUUUAGGUCGAUUUAAUUAUUGUCGAAGAUUCGUUUGUUUAUCGCAGUCAACCGCUGUCUACGGUCUGUCGUAAACGGGGAUGGGAGUUCAGUAAAUCGACGAUCCUAUAGGUAGAAACACCUCUGCCUUUGUCGGUGUCGCCUGUGAUGUAGCUUUGUGUGGUUUAUUCUUCAUUCGCGAUUUCUAUAUUCGAUCAUGAUGUUCGAUUAUUUGAACGAUUCGUUGAAACCGCUUAGUGUUAUUCUCGGUGCGGAUGUGGCCGCUCUCAGGUUGUUAUUAUCGAUACUGUCAGCGUACCCCUUAGCGAUAUUCUACAGAAAAUACAUAUAUGGAAGGGAAAAAAACGCCCACCACCUGUACUUCAUAUCUACAGGCCUUUUUCUGGCCUAUCUCAACUAUGGAACCGACACGUUACAUCUUAUGGCGUCCAUGGUCACCUCCUACGUCUUCCUGGCACUGCUUGGCGGCACUUACCUGGCGGUGGCAUGCGUUUUCGUGUUCAACAUGAUAUAUUUAUCGAUAGGGUACUACGUUAUGAGCACGGAUUCUUACGAUAUCAAUUGGACUAUGCCACACUGCGUCCUCACUCUCAAACUGAUAGGAGUCUGCAUCGAUUACUACGAUGGCCAUCAGGUGGAGGAGAAAUUGAACGCCGACAGUAAGAAGUUCAUGUUAAAAACACUGCCGAACUCUCUGGAAUUCCUUGGAUUCUGCUGUUUUCCCGCUAGUUUUAUGGUGGGACCCCAGUUUGGCAUGAAGAGGUACCAGAGUUUUGUCGCCGGAGAGUUCGGAGACAAGAGUAACCGUUCCAAAGCUCCAGAGAGUGAAUUUGCAGCCUUGCAGCGAUUUGCCCUGGGCGUGUUGUACCUUGUAUUCUUUCAACUGUUAGGACUGCUCAUAUCUGACGAUUACCUGAUCUCUGAAGGGUUCCAGGAGAAAUCCUUCUUGUGGAAGCAUCUUUUACUGGGAGUCUGGGGCCGGUUCACCCUGUACAGGUACAUUUGCUGUUGGCUGUUGGCCGAAGGAGGCUGUAUUUUAUUCGGUAUCACCUACAACGGUGUAGACGAGAGAGGUCACAAAAAAUGGGACGGUCUUCAGAACAUCAAGCUGUCUCUGAUCGAGAACACCAGGGAGUUCAACGAUUACAUAAAAUCGUUCAACAUCAACACCAACCACUGGAUCGCCCAUUACGUCUUCAAAAGGUUGAAAUUCUUGGGGAACAGGAACCUCAGCCAACUGGGCGCCUUGUUGUUCUUAGCCGUAUGGCACGGUUACCACAGCGGUUACUUCCUCACCUUCCUCUUGGAGUUCCUGGUGAUCUACCUGGAGAGAGAUGUUAAGUCCAUCGUGAAGUCCAACAAAAAGUUGACCCAGUUCUUCGACAAUGCCCUCGUCGACAUUGUGGUCAAGUUCCUCCUGAGGAUCUACACGUUCGUCUUCAUGGGCUUCUGUCUGGUCCCCUUCGCGCUCCUGACGUUCGAGAAGUACUGGAUCGUCAUGAAAUCGAUAAAUUACUCGGGGGUGAUAUUGUUCGGGUUGUAUCCUUUCGUUUUUGGACCCCUGCUCAGGGCUGCGCUGAGGGAAAGUAAGAUGGACUGAAGUGAUUGAGUGAGUUGUGCAAUUGGACUAGUUUAAAUAUUUCUUAAUUAUACGCAACCGUUUUGAUGACAUUACGAUCUAUGCUAUCCAUUGGUUAAAUACAUUCCGACCUUUACGAAUGGA